GAUCCGGUCAAUUUCAACAUUUCGGCCUACCAUUAAAUCCAGCCCAAAGUAAGGCAAAAGCCAUGAAAACAAGCUAUUGGCGAGAGACAAACAGAUGGCAGCAAAUAGAUGUCAGAGGUCUCGGGCAAAGUAACAGACCAACAGACGACGGGCGAGCAUCGAAACGUUAGCCAAACUAGUAGUCUAACAACAUUUAAUGCAUAUCCCAUCAAAUUCACUUCAGGGUAUAGUUACUUUUGGCACAUGAGACAUGAGAUAGUAAAUGCUAUUGAAGAGAUUUGGGUUCCAGAGAUAUUUUUACUGGCAGUGAUCGAAUGGAUUAAACUGAGCCGAAGGAAUAACUAAAGUACGUCCCUCUGUCCCCUAUAAAUACGCAACGCACUAAGCCAUACAUGGUAACAACACACGCAUUAUUGGCUAGUAUAUUCAAGAAGAAACCAUAGUUCGUACGUUUAAUAUUUUUUUUAUUCUUAAUCUAAAUACAAAAAUAACAAGGGAAAAUGAGAUAUUCCCCCUAAUUUUGAAAAUAUAUAUAAGGAGAACCAAUAUUUUUUUCCGCUUUAGUUAAAAACAUAAAUUCUUAUCUUAAUUAGUGUGACCCCUUUAGGCAACUUAAAAUACCUGUUUUGCCCUUUAGUUGCCCUUAACCCCCUAACCUUAUCUCUUCCUCUUCCACACGCUAUUAUAUCUCUUCCUCUCUCAAUAUCUCGUCAUCUAUCCCUCUCUCUAACUUUCUCUCACCAAAUUCCAGCGACAAAAGAUGGCUCCCAGACCAGCAGAAAAGAAGAUGGUCGUCGGCGGAGAGAAGAAGAAGAAGAAGAGCGUGGAAACGUACAAGAUCUACAUCUUCAAGGUGUUGAAGCAGGUUAACCCACAAACCCUCAACCCUUCAAGAGUUGCUCCCCCUUCGGCUGCUCCUCCGAAUUAUUCUUUGGUUAUUACUCCCUGUACGGACACGUGGAGAAUAUGGCAAGAGAAAUACAAAGGGGUGCUAACUCAGUUCCUGAUGUUGAAGCUACUCUUUGGCAGAUACCGGAGACGCUACCUAGUCGUAUAUUAGAGAAGAUGAAGGCUCCCGAAAAGGCAGAUGAUGUGGCCGAGAUUAGGCCCGAACAGCUGCUCGAGGCGGAUGGAUUUAUAUUCGGUUUUCCGUCACGUUUCGGUGUGAUGGCUGCACAGUGCAAAGCAUUUUUCGAUGCUACCGGAGGAAUAUGGGCCACACAAGCUCUCGCCGGCAAGCCGGCCGGAAUCUUCUGGAGCACUGGGUUCCAUGGCGGCGGUCAGGAACUCACCGCAUUGACAGCGAUAACACAGCUGGCACAUCACGGAAUGAUAUACGUCCCGUUGGGAUAUACAUUCGGAAGUGGAAUGUACGAGAUGGAACAAGUGAAGGGUGGUUCUCCUUACGGUGCUGGCACUUAUGCCGCUGACGGCUCACGUCAGCCGACGCAGCUCGAACUUGACCAAGCGUUUCAUCAGGGUAAGUACGUUGCCCAAAUUACAAAAAAGCUCAAGAUUUAGAAAUCUUGUGUACUAUAACAAUUCAUGCACAUAAUAAAUAAGUGGGAUUAUGGGAAAUUUUACAUGCACAAUUCAUGCACAUAAUAAAUAAGUGGGAUUAUGGGAAAUUUUACUUGCAUAUAUAUGUUCGAAAAAUUGAGCUUUAUUUAACAGCCUUGUAUAGAGGUUCACAGUCUAUCUUAAUUAUUUUCUCGAUGCAACGAAAUAAUGGUAUAAAUUAUAAUUAUAUUCUUAAGGAGGAUAAUGACUGGUUCCGACUCGAACCCAUGGCCAAUUAGGUCACAUGCUCGAUACAUAAAGACAUGUCACAAUUAGACGAUGGUAAAGAAACUGAUUAUUGUC